AUGAAGUGGUAUUGGCCGCUGAUUGGUCAAACUCGUUGUUUUGUGUGACAGCAGGAAGUAGCGGUGUUAGCCUUCCAGCUAACUUCUUGGAGAGAUACCUAUUUAACUAAGGAUGUUUCUGACGUCACACCCAUGAGGAAAUAUCUUGAUGUAUUUUAUACCUGAGGCCAGUGUCGUCAGGGAGACUCAUCCACAAGUCAUACAGAUGAGUGGAGUCACACGAACCACGAUGCCCACAAACAGCAGGGAUGCUGGUGUGUGGCACCAAACCAGGAGUCUGCUCUACAAGAACCUGCUGAUCAAAUGGAGGACCAAACAGCAGAGUUCCCAGGAGGUUUUCUUACCACUGCUCCUGCUGAGUCUUCUGAUAUUCAUCAGUAAGUUGAACCCUCACGUUCAUUAUGAAGGGAUCAGCACAAAAGAGCUGGAGGAGGAGGAGCACUCUAUUAAAGGUCUGGGCUACACACCCAUCACUAACAUCACCAGCCACAUCAUGGAGGAGGUGGCCCAGGAAAUGCAUAUGCAGGACCGUCUGGAGAUGUUUGCCAGUGAGGAGGAUCUGGAGAAUGCCAGCCUGUACGAGCCAUCAAGCUUUGUUGGAGUUGUGUUUACUGACAGCUCUGCCAUGUCCUACAGGCUGCGAUUCCCCUACCACCGGCUGCCUCAGCCCAGUGAUUACAUAGAGUCUUUUGCUGACUGUUUGAGCAACUCAGUCAACUGCAGAGCAGCAAAUUACUGGUACUCUGGCUUCAUUCGGCUACAGUCUAUGAUAGAUGCCUCCAUCAUCCAGAUGCAGACCAAGCGUGCGGUGCGUAGUGAGAUGAACCUGGACGUGGUGAUGAUGGGUCAGUCUGCGUUUGUGGAGGUGCAAAAGUUCUCCCACGCUCUCAUCUCCAUUUACAUGGUCUUGGCCUUCACGCCCUUCGUCACCUUCCUCAUCGUCAACGUGGCAGCGGAGAAGGAGCAACGUCUCAAAGACACCAUGACAAUGAUGGGACUCUACGACACCUCCUUCUGGUUGUCCUGGGGUCUUCUCUACGCCGCUCUGGUCACAGCCAUGUCUGUCCUGAUGUCCAUCAUCGCCACCUACACUGCUCUCUUCCCUAACAGUGACUUCUUUGUUAUUUUCUUCCUCAUCUUCCUCUAUGGAAUAUCAUCAAUCUUCUUCUCCUUUAUGCUGACUCCAUUAUUUAAAAAACCCAAGUUUGCCAGCACCGUGGGCUCCCUGCUGACCGUGGUGUUUGGCUGCCUGUCUCUCUUCACCGUGCUGAUGACGGACUUCCCUCAACCCCUGGUCUGGCUCCUCUGUCUGCUGUCUCCUACCGCCUUCUCCAUGGGCAUCGCCCAGGUGGUGUACCUGGAGGCUCAGGGAGACGGUGCAGUAUUCUCCACCCUGACCAGUGGUCCUCAUCCUCUGUAUGCGCCUCUGCUCAUGCUGCUCCUGGACUGUGUCCUCUAUUUGCUGCUGGCCGUUUAUCUGGAACAGGUGCUGCCCGGUGAGUUUGGAAUGAGACGGUCUUUGGUCUACUUCCUGAAACCGUCCUAUUGGUCCAAACGGACAAAGCGCUAUGUGGAAGUGAGCUCGGUGUACGACGCAGAGGUGAACGGUGGAGGAGCGUCAGGAGGAGACGCCUGUGUGGAGCCGGUUUCACCUGAGUUCAGAGGAAAGGAGGCGAUACGCAUCCAGAAUAUCCAGAAAACGUACAGAGAAAAGGACAACGUGGUGGUGGAGUCUCUGAGGGGUUUGACAUUUGACAUCUAUGAAGGUCAGAUCACGGCUCUGCUGGGACACAGCGGUGCAGGGAAGUCCACUCUCAUGAACAUCCUGUGUGGCAUCUGUCCGCCCAGCAGCGGCUCGGCCUCCAUCUUUGGCUCGUCUGUGGCAGAGAUGGCAGACGGUCCUGAAAUGAAGCAGCUGGUGGGAAUCUGUCCGCAGUUCAACAUCAUCUUUGACGUCCUGACGGUGGAGGAACAUCUGAGGAUCUUUGCCGCCAUCAAAGGAAUCCGUCCGACCGAUACUGACGCAGAGGUCACCAGAGUGCUGAAGGACUUGGACCUGGAGAAGAUCAAGACGGCCCAGGCUAAGAAUCUGAGUGCAGGACAGAAGAGGAAGCUCUCUGUGGGCAUCGCCAUUCUUGGAGACCCUAAGAUCCUGCUCCUGGACGAGCCCACAGCUGGUAUGGACCUGUGCACCAGACACCAGGUGUGGACGCUGCUGAGGAGCCUUAGAGCAGGAAGAGUGAUCGUCCUCAGCACGCACUACAUGGACGAGGCCGACAUCCUGGCUGAUCGUAAAGCAGUGAUUUCUCAGGGUCGGCUGAAAUGUGUGGGCUCCUCCAUGUUUUUGAAGACCAAGUGUGGUGUUGGAUAUCAUCUCAGGAUGUCGGUGAGUGAGACGUGUGAAGCUGAGAAAAUCACGUCACUGGUGAAAAGACAUGUUCCAAAGGUCCAAGUGUCUCAGCAUCACGAGACUGAGUUGACCUUCAUGGUGCCCUUUGAGUCCAUGGAAGCUUUCCCAGGUUUGUUCUCAGAGCUCGACCUCCAACAUGACCUGGGGGUCAUCAACUAUGGAGUUUCCAUGACAACACUAGAGGAUGUCUUUCUUCGCCUGGAGGCAGAAAAUGAAGUAGAUCAAGCAGACUACAGCGUGUUCAAUAGCAGACAACAGCCGGAGGACGAGUGCGACAGCUCAUCUGUGGACGACAUAGACCAGCGUCUGCUGAACUUCUCGGACCAGAGCCGGUCCGACCUGGUGUCAGGUCAAGCCCUGUGGAGGCAGCAGUUCAGCAGCGUGGCCUGGCUCCACAUGUUGAACAUGUACAGAGAGAGGAAGGCUUUUGUUUACACUCUGGCCCUGUUCCUGGUCUUUGUGGUGUCCAUGCUGGGUCUGUCUCACGCCACUGGAAACAUCCAGAUGCACGCACCACAACGUCAGUUCCUCCCCAUUUACCUCCUGAGGAGAAACGAGGCUCCUCGGAGAUACGCCACCAGCCUCCUGGUCCAGAACGCCUCAGACUCCGACAUCUCUGACUUCCUCCACCACCUUGAGUCUCAGGACAUCAAGGUGGAAAUGAUGAGACACAGUGACUACAUGUCUGCAGCUCCACACAGCGCCGCCAUCAACGUAACAGGAUCCAGCAAGGGGUUCAGGUACAGCGUGGCAUUCAACAGCACCACGGUCCACUCUUUACCAAUGACUGUCAACAUCCUGAGCAACGCUCUGCUACGAGGUCUGAAUGGGUCGGGUCAGAUCAGAACCUGGACCAAACCUUUUGACUUUCUUCUCCCAGACUCCACCACCUACGCCCUGAUCCUCAUCGAAGCCAUCAUCCUGGGAAUGCUGGCAGUUGGGAUGCCGGCCUAUUUUGCUAUGGAUCACAUUCGAGAUCAAGAGAUCCAGUGUCGAUCCACGCUGCGUAUCUCUGGUCUGGUACCAUCGGCGUACUGGUGCGGUCAGGCAGCGGUGGACAUUCCCUUCUACUACCUCAUCCUGUCCUCCAUGACCCUCAUCCUCUUCUCCUUCCACACUGGGAGCCUGCUCACUUCCAGCAACCUGACAGCUCUGGUCCUGUGCAUCAUUGGCUUUGGUCCAUCAAUGAUCCUCUUCACUUACGUCUUCUCCUUUGGUUUUGCUCGAGUCCAGAGCAGCAGAGAUUUCUUCUCUGUCAUCUGUAUGAUGGUCAGUGUGGUGUCAGCUGUUCUGAUCCAGCUCUCUAAUUUAACCGACAACACGGGUCUGGUCCGGAACCUGCACAACAUUCUGUGUUUCUUCAACCCUGUCUAUCCUCUGAUGGGCUGCUUCAACUGUGUCACUAAAACCACGUUCCUGCCUUCCGACUAUGAGGAGACCCUUCUGUGGAAGAAUCUGCUCAUUGCAGUUAUAGCUCCUUACCUCCAGAUCAUCCUGCUGCUUUGCCUUCUCCGGUGGCUGGAGGUUCGUUAUGGAGGGAGGACCAUGAAAGACGACCAGUUCUGCAGAAUUUCCUCCAAGUCAAAGUCCAAAGUGGAGAAGUUUCCAGUGGAAGAGCAGAAUGAAGACGAAGACAUUGUGAUGGAGAAAGCGCGCGUUAAGGAGGCUCUGACCUGUCAGUCAUGUGACCUGAAACCAGCCCUGGUGGUCAAUAACCUGAGGAAACAGUACAAGAGCAGAGGAGAAGGUUUGUCCAUGAACAAGAGCAAAAACGUCGCCACCAAGAACAUUUCCUUCUGUGUGCGCAAAGGUGAAGUUCUGGGACUUUUGGGACCAAAUGGAGCAGGAAAAAGUACCAUCAUGCACAUGUUGUCAGGUGACACCGACCCAACUUCUGGCCAGGUGCUGAUGGGAGAUUACAGCACCACCUUUAAUCCUGUCGACCACCCACUGGAGCAUGUGGGCUACUGUCCACAGAUGAGCCCUCUGUGGCCCAGAAUCACACUGCAGGAACAUCUGGAGAUCUACGCUGCCAUCAAAGGCAUGACAGAACAGGAAGUUCCGGGCAUCAUCAGACGUGUGGUCAGCGCUCUGGAGCUGAAGGACCAUCUGGACAAACAAGCCAAGACUCUGUCUGCAGGAGUCAAGAGGAAGCUGUGCUUUGCCCUGAGCAUGAUUGGAAAUCCACAGAUUGUUUUAUUGGACGAGCCGUCGUCAGGGAUGGACCCAAAGUCCAAACAGCGCAUGUGGCGAGCCAUACGGGCUGCGUUCAAGAACAACCAGCGCGGCGCCGUCCUCACCACCCACUACAUGGAGGAGGCGGAGGCUGUGUGCGACCGCGUGGCCAUCAUGGUGUCGGGUCAGCUGCGCUGCAUCGGUUCCAUCCAACACCUGAAGGCAAAGUACGGCCAAGGAUACAGCCUGGAGGUAAAGCUCCGAGACGGGCUGACAGGGCGCCAGCAGGAGGCGCUGCUGCACAAGGAGGUGCAGGAGAUAUUUCCUCACGCCAUCCGCCAGGAGAGUUUUAACACUCUGAUGGUUUACAAGAUCCCAAUGGAGGACGUGACGUCACUGUCCAGGUCUUUCUCUGAGUUAGAGAGAGCCAAACAAACGUUCAACUUUGAAGAGUACAACUUCUCCCAGUGCACGUUAGAGCAGGUUUUCCUGGAGUUUGUAAAAGAGCAGGAAAACGAGGAAGACGAUGUGGGUUCCCUGAGCACCACCUUCCAGUGGCAGCGUCUCCAACAGGACGCCUCCGUCUCGUUGGCCAAUCAGGGGGACAGUAUCGUACACCAGCUUUAGACUCCACCAGAGGGAGCAAGACCAAAUACAUCCUGCUGGGAAUCGCAUGUCAACUGCAAGCCUGGUGGACAGAAGUGGGUGAGCACCACUGGCUGUUAAUGGUCACAACACUGCCCCCUCUCUGAGGCUCUGAGGUUAGCGUGCAUUUGACCUCCCUCACUGGUGCUGCGUUGGUUUUUGACAACCGCUCGACUUUUUAACCUUUACCAAUAUCAUUAUAAGCGUUGACGUUCGUUGGCCUAAAGAGGGCGCCGUAAACAAGCACACAGGUCUAAUCAGUUUUGAUAUUUUUGUCUGUUAAAGGUGGUGGUGGUUUUCUCAAAUGUAGCAUCUUCGCAGCACAGGUCUCUAUGAAGUCCUGAAGCCCCGCCCAAACCUCCAGCCCCAUCACAGGCUGCGGAGUUGUGCUUUAUUGGAAUGUCUUUAAAAAAUUGUCUUUAUGCAAACAGUGGAUAAAAGUGGGAUGAAAUACAGUACCUUAAAGUACUUCAGUUCUGUGUCCUGAGCAAUGCUCUGGACUCAUCUAUCACUACUUUUCUCCCUCACCUCCUCUGGACCACCGGUCUUCACUGACCUUCUGGAGGGAUCUUCUCCUUCCAGUCCUCCACACAUGGAAACAUUUUUUCUCCAGCCUUAUGAGCAUCAACUGGAUUGAGGGAGGAGGCGGAGCCUAAGGCAAGCCCUUCCUAAGAAAGUGAGUCUGAACUGAGACACGGCAGAAGAGGGCAGUGACUGUGGGCCUGUGGCCUUCCUCUCACACACAAACACAAAUAUGUAGCACAUUUUGACCUCACCUACAGGGGGCAGUGUUCAAGAACGUGGCCUGGGUUCAUGUUUUUUUGAAUAGUUGGUGUUGGGGCUUGUGACAUACAGCCCUCUGUUUGUGAACUAAUCGAUAAAUUGUAAUUUUUCAGGCAAACAUAAAAUCAAUUUUCACACUGUAUUGUAAUGUAUUUUGAAACAUUAAAGGAGGUUUUUAUUUUCAGAUAAAAAAUAAAGAUUAUGUUAAGUAGGAAAGUAAAAAAGUAUGAUAUUGAUUUAUUUAUUCUGAAUAAAGAUGGCAGGGACUUUUAAUUUAUGUCUGAUUUUCUCUUAGUUUAUCUUUUGUUUGGAAACAUCAGUCCACAUCAAGAAUUUUUUCAUGCAAAAAACUACAGUUAUUGUUGAUAUUUCCUUUUGAAUGUUAUUUAUUUUUUUUGCUUUGUACAUAUGUAGCCUCAGUCUGUCUGACAUUUUGUUUCACUUACACACACCCACUGUCAAACAUCUGUACGUGUCACAGUCGUAUGUAGCCGUGGGAAAAUAAAAGUCCAGGAGAUUUGCUGGUGUAUAGUUUUUUCUUCUUCCAAAAUUAAAAGUAUUUCACAGGGGAAAAAAUACAAAGUAAAACCAAAAUAUUUUCUUUAGUGUCAAUUUCUUUAGUUUUUAUUUCUGGUCGUGUUGCACAAAUGGAAAUAUUUGAACCUUUCUUUACCUUAUGCAAUUUUCUUGAAAUGAUCUGUGCAACCGAUGAUCGGUUCCAUAGUGUAGCGGUUAGCACGCCUGCCUCUGAAGAGCAGAGAGUCCUGGGUUCCCAGAGAAACCACAUGAUUGGCACUUGCUGAGGGAAGCCUAUUAACAGCAUAUCUGCUGCUAACACAGCAAUCUGGGAUAUAUGGGUACUAUUUAUUUAUUUUAUUUUUUACUGAGUUUAUUUUUAAUACUGUGGUUUCAGUUGUGUGGUUUGUUUUCUGGUGAUGUAAAUAAAACUUGUGUGGUUGGUUGAGUGAGAGAAACCUUGAAAUAAAUAAAUGUGCUUCUAAAUAUU